AUGAACUUCUUCGGCACCGCAGCCCCGAAAAACAAGCCCGUCAUCAAAACGAAAACCAUCUCCGUCUCAGUACCCGUCAAGAGAGUCGCAAAGCCUGCUGCUGCUCCGACAAGACCCUCGCCGCUUCCAAAACGCCCUUCGCAACAACCUACUGCACGGGAUCGCCUGUCAGUCCCGAAAGAGCCGAAAGAGAGGGUGAGAAGGGUGGUCAAGCGUAAGGCCUCGACUCCGACACAACUCUUCAGCGAUGACGACGACGACAGCGGCGUAGAGAGUAGUGCCUCUUCGCUCGACGCAAGAAAGCGUAUCAAGUCUCGCGCCACCUCCGAAGACCCCAACCGCAAGCUGGAAGACUCAAGAGUGCGCAAGGACGAAGGCCGCUUCGACUACGUCUCCGGCGCCUCUCUGGUCGCUGGUGAUGUCGGAAAGUCGUACAAGUCCGUCUUCCCUGGAGAAUCGCCCGCUGUGGUCAAGCUGCAAUAUCCCGGACUGUCGAUACCUGAAAAAUUCACCCUGGUCAGGAACGGCGUUCAGCAGGACUACCAACCUCUGGACGACAUCAGGGAGACGGUCAAAUUCAUCUGUCAGAACUACUUUCCCGAAAACUUGGCUCAAAAGUACCUCGACGACGAGAAUGGCUUUGAACGUCGCCUGCUUCGCGCCGUGAGCAAGGGCUCAAAGGAAGACUACGUCGGCACUAUCCAGGACUUCAACACCACGGUCAUCAAGGCAAGAAGAGACGGAACAAUCGGUAAGGAGCUGUCCACAAAGCAUAGUAUGACUCUUGAAUGGAUUCAGCGCAUCCUCGACCAGAUUUACACACGCACCGUCUCGCCUCAGGUCGACAGCCUCAAGGCGUAUCAGAACGGCACCGACAACGUCUAUGGCGAACUGCUGCCUCCACUCGUUUCCGAAAUGUUGAGCAUAGCUGAACUCAAGUCUGACCAGGUCUUUGUCGACUUGGGUUCUGGCGUCGGCAAUGUCUGUCUGCAGGCCGCUCUUGAGACUGGUUGUGAGAGCUGGGGAUGCGAAGUCAUGGACAACCCUUGCAAACUCGCCGAUCUGCAAGCUAGAGAGUUUCCCGCUCGCGCCCGCAUGUGGGGUCUAUCGGUUGGCAAGGUGCAUCUGCUGAAAGGCGAUUUCCUAGCCAACGACAAGAUUGGCCAGGUCCUCAAGCGCGCCGAUGUCGUCCUAGUCAACAACCAAGCCUUCAGUCCGGACCUCAACAGCAAGAUCAUGGACCGUUUCCUGGACCUCAAAGACGGAUGCCGCAUUAUCAGUCUGAAACCUUUUAAGCAAGAAGGCUACGAGAUUAGCGAUCGCAACCAGUACGAUCCCCGUCACCUGCUCGUGGACGAGCGAAAGUUGCCCUUCUACUCCAAGUGCGUGAGCUGGACCGAUGCUCCUGGCGAAUAUCACAUCGUGCGCAAGUCGCCCGAGCGCCUCCAGCAAUACAUCGACGAGAACGUAUCGAGACCUCGUAGGAGCUAG